AUGUCGGCUGACGAACAAACAAAUGUCGAUUCUUCGACGGCAACGUUUGUCUCUGCCGUAGUAUUCAACGGUGGUAUUACUAUCGGAGUAUAUCUUGCCUUUAGUAUAAUUAGAAGCUGGAACAAGAGAAUCUUCGAGCCGAAGACAUAUCUGGUGGAGGAGAGGAAACGAUCUCCUCCUCCGGGUCGGUUUUUUGGAUGGGUAAAGUCCGUAUUAACUGUGAGUCAGCAAGACGUUAUAAAUCGGGCAGGAUUAGAAGCAUACCUAUUCCUUCGAUUCUUUAAAAUGUGUACUUCCCUCUUCGUCCUUUUCUCCAUUGUGGGUGUUGGUAUUCUUGUCCCGCUCAACAAAUUCGGCAAAGGAGGUCUGAAUGGAUUAGAUCAAUGGUCCAUUGGUAACAUUGCUGGGGAGACUAAAAAGUUAUGGGCUCACUUAGCCGUGGGUUACUUCAUCAUUAUUACAACGAUCAUUGCCAUCUUCAGAGAAUAUAAAUCAUUCAUAAGGCUGCGACAUGCAUACUACGUUCGACCAGAGCACGCAAAAUCUGCUAUUGCGACCACUAUUCUGGUGGUCGGCAUACCUCCUGAAUUAUAUGGCACUGAUUCUCUUAAGCAAAUGUUCGAUGUAUUUCCGGGAGGGGUAAAGAAGAUAUGGUUGAAUAGGGACCCCCUAGAUAUUCCCAAAUACAUCAAGGAACGAGAGCAAUUGGUUAAUAAAUUAGAGACUUCUGCCCUCUAUGUGAUAGCCGAAUAUUAUCGUUUACGAAAAGCAGGAAAAUUAUUCGAAGAAGAGAGUGGAACUAUCCCGGAAAAGCUUCGUCCGACACAUCGUAAAUUUGUUGGCAUAGGCAGCAGGGUAGACUCUCUUGAAACAUACCGCAAGGAAAUUCUGAGGUUGAAUACGAAAAUUGACAAAAUGCAAAAGGAAUCCUCUCGCUAUCCUCCUAUGAAUUCGGCAUUCAUCCAAUUUAACACGCAAUUGGGCGCCCAGUUGGCUAGCUCGGCGACGAUACCGAGAUUGAAGGAGAUAACGCCAGAUAAUGUCGUCUGGGACAAUUUGAACGUGACCUAUUUCCAGAAAUUGAGAAAGCGAAUUGUUGUAACUAUCAUUGUUACUGCUCUAGUAUUGCUUUGGGCUAUUCCUGUUGCUACCGUCACCACUAUUUCCCAACUGGAUAGGCUUCAAAAACAAUUUCCGUUCUUAGAUUUUGUCAAUAACCUUCCCAAAGCUGUUAUUGGUAUAAUACAGGGUGUAUUGCCCGCAGCUGCAUUAGCGGUAUUACUGGCACUCGUGCCUAUCAUCCUGCGAUUUCUGUCUAAACAAGAGGGUAUUGUAACUUAUUCUGGUAUAACAGCCAGCGUUCAAGCUAAGUACUUCUUCUUCUUGGUUGUGAAUGUUCUACUUGUCACUACUUUUUCCAGCGGUGUUUCAUCUGCGUUGCCGGCUCUUAUAAAGAAUCCGACGUCAGCCAUUGACAUUCUUGGAAAGCAGCUACCAUUGGCCUCUGCAUUCUUUAUCUCGUAUGUGCUUCUUUCACUGUCCGGAGCUGCUCUCAGAGUCACUCAAUUGGGUACUUUGGUUGUUUAUUGGAUCUUUCGUAAAUUCCUGGCAAAGACUCCUCGACGGAUCUAUGAAGUCGAGACAACACUGGGAUCUAUGGACUGGGGUACUGCAUUCCCGCCGCACGUUCUUAUUGCAUGUAUUGGGUUCGUCUAUUCAACAGUCGCGCCCAUUAUUCUCCCAAUAGUGGCUCUACACUUCUUUUUGCAUUACAUCUCUUAUUCCUAUCUCUUCCUUUAUGUGCUUGAUCAGCCAGAACAGGCAACUGGAGAAGCUUAUUCUACAGCAAUAUAUGAACUGUUCACAGGGAUGAUUAUCUAUGAGCUCACCAUGGGCGGUUUGCUGUUUCUCAAACAAGCGUUUAUUCAAGGCGCAUUGAUGAUAUUUCUAGCAAUCUGCACGGUUGGCAUACUGUUAGUCAUGAAAUCUUUCUUUAAGCAUAAUCCAUCUGUCGAAUUCCUGCCAGCUGAUCUCGCUGGCCUCGUCGACACUAAACGAAACAAGGUUCUUGUUGAAGCCGUUCAAAAUGAGCAUAUUGAGGAAUAUGUUGAGGGUCAUACGGAGCAUAUUGAUGAUGAUGCAUAUACUCACCCUGCCUUUGCUGCGAGCCAGCCAAUAAUCUGGUUACCGCAAGAUAAAGUGGGUAUUGCUCAGAUAGAGGCUAAUGAAUGUCAAAAAGAUGGACUGCCAGUUUCCACCGAAGGAGCAGUUUUCGACGAGUCCGGUCGUGUGGUUGUUGAGAAAGGACCUCCUGAGGCAAGACCUUAUACGUAUGUUUGA